UGUUGACCAAUCGUAACCGUCUCUCGCGUUAGAACGUAACACAACACAACACAACACAUGCAGCGUCAUUCAGUUCAUGACAUUCACACAAACCCUCCUUCUUUUCAUUUCCGUGUAGCUUCAAAUUGCGUUGCAUUUUCCUUCGAUCACAGAGUCGUCAAUGGCGGAAGAGAAAUCGUUCAUCGUCGAGGUCGAGAAAGCGAGGGAAGCCAAAGAUGGUAAGCCAUCUAUAGGCCCCGUCUAUCGUAGCUGUUUCGAUAAGGAUUCAUCACCUCCUUGCAUCGAAGGUCUCGAUUCAUGCUGGGAUGUUUUUAGGAUGGCUCUUGAGAAGUAUCCAACAAAUCGAAUGCUUGGUCGCCGUGAAAUAGUGGAUGGGAAACCUGGAAAUUUCAAGUGGCAAACUUACAAGGAAGUGUAUGACUUGGUGGUCAAACUUGGAAAUUCCAUUCGAGCUUGUGGUUAUGGGGAGGGAGUAAAAUGUGGUAUUUAUGGUGCCAAUUGUUCGGAAUGGAUUAUAAGCAUGGAGGCCUGCAAUGCUCAUGGACUUCUUUGCGUUCCUUUAUAUGAUACCUUAGGUGCUGGGGCUGUGGAGUUUAUCAUAUGCCAUGCAGAAGUCUCAAUUGCAUUUGUUGAAGAAAAGAAGAUACCUGAGUUAUUAAAGACAUUUCCAAAUGCAGCAAAAUAUCUCAAGACACUUGUGAGCUUCGGAAAGGUUACUCCAGAACAGAAGCAAGAAGUUGAGAAGUUUGGAUUGAUAAUUUAUUCAUGGGAUGAAUUUUUAGAAGUGGGUCAUGAUAAGAGUUUUGAUACUCCUGUGAAAAAGAAAAGUGACAUAUGUACAAUAAUGUACACAAGUGGAACUACUGGUGAUCCCAAGGGAGUAUUGAUAUCCAAUGAAAGCAUUAUUACACUCUUAGCUGGCAUAACGCAGCUACUAAAUAGUUGCAAUGAAGAGUUGAGUGAUAAAGAUAUUUUCCUAUCAUACCUUCCACUUGCACACAUCUUUGACAGGAUUGUUGAAGAAGCAAUGAUAUGGGUUGGUGCUUCAAUAGGUUUCUGGCGUGGGGAUGUCAAAUUGUUGAUGGAAGACAUUGCUGAGUUAAAACCAACUAUUUUUAUUGCUGUUCCUCGUGUGCUUGAUAGAGUGUACACAGGUUUGCAACAAAAGCUUAAGAUGGGGGGUUUUGUGAAACAAACAAUGUUCAAUUUUGCCUACUCAUUCAAGUUGCUUAACUUGAAAAGAGGGCAAAAACGUGAUUCAGCGUCUCCAUUAUUUGACAAAGUUGUAUUUAAUAAGGUAAAAGAUGCUUUAGGGGGUAAUGUACGUAUUAUUUUGUCCGGAGCUGCGCCUCUGUCUAAACAUGUUGAAGGUUUCCUGCGAGUGGUGACUUGUGCUCAUAUUCUACAAGGAUACGGUCUUACCGAAACAUGUGCUGGAUCCUUUUUGGCAAUACCAAACGAAAUAGAUAUGCUUGGUACCGUUGGCCCUCCUUUACCAUAUUUGAAUGUGUGUCUGGAAUCUGUACCUGAAAUGGGAUAUGAUGCACUUGCAACCACACCAAGAGGAGAAAUCUGUAUGAGGGGGAGUAGUGUAUUUUCAGGGUACUACAAACGCGAAGACCUUACGAAAGAAGUUAUUAUCGAUGGAUGGUUCCAUACAGGAGAUAUUGGAGAGUGGCAACCUAAUGGUAGUAUGAAAAUUAUCGAUAGAAAGAAGAAUAUAUUUAAGCUUUCACAAGGAGAAUAUGUUGCUGUUGAAAACCUGGAGAAUAUUUAUGCUCAAGUUUCUGCUAUUGAAUCAAUAUGGGUCUAUGGAAACAGUUUCGAAUACUUCCUUGUGGCUGUUAUUAACCCAAACAAGCAAGUGCUUGAAGCUUGGGCAGAAGGAGAUGGUAUAAAAAUGGACUUUGAAUCUCUCUGUAAAGAUUCUAGGACAAUAAAGUACAUGGUUGGAGAGCUCGUAAAGAUUGCAAAGGAAAAGAAGUUGAAAGGUUUUGAGUUCAUAAAAGCCGUUCAUCUUGAACCAGUUCCAUUUGACAUGGAACGUGACCUUAUCACACCAACAUUUAAGAAAAAAAGACCACAGUUGCUUAAAUAUUAUCAGAAUAUCAUUGACGAGUUGUACGAGACAACAAAAAAAGCCAGUGCCUGAGAUAUGCUUUGGGAGACAAAUUAUGUAUUGAUUCUUUCUGUUGACUAUUAAUUUAUUAUUUUUAACAGAUGGCAAUUAACACAUAUAUGCCAUGGAUAGAAUAGAAAUAUUCUUUGGUAGGUAACAGAAAGAAUAUUAAUUGAAGACAACAAUCCUUUUACCUCUGUCAUACAAUGUUGAGCAGAUAUGUUAAUUUAUUAUUUUUAACAUGUACUUGAAGACAACAAUCCUUUUACCUCUGGCAUACAAUGUUGAGCAGAUUUCAAUAUUGAAAUUUACCAUGUUGGGCCGUUCCAGUA